UCGAUCCUUUCCGAUGAGGAAGCACGGCUAGCUGAUCAAUGGAUUGAAUGUUUCCCUGAAUUUGGCCCCACCUUUGGGGCUGUUCAUGUCUUGUUCUCAUGCUGGUGCAGCUGCAGUUUGUCAGCGGGCGGGGCUCAAACUGUUGCACGUCUGAUAAGCAGGAACUCUUCCCGAAACUCCGGCGAGAGGCUGGAAUGUGGAGCAUCUCCUGAGUUUGGGACCAAGCGCCGUGUCCGUCACAAUCGCGGGCUGGGGAAUCUCAUCCACUGUCGGUCAAAACAGGACGCUCCGCAGAGAGCUGCUCGAACUGCGGGUUAAUUGGCAAAGACAGGGGAACCUCAAACUGCUGCUGAACACAGAGAGAAAGAGAGAAAGAAAAUCCUCACCGCGGAUUCCAAUGAAACUCACCCUGUGUAUGUGACCACAAUCUCCAGACCAGGAAACCCCCCUCUUAAAAAAAUAAACACAGAGAGAGAAAUAUUGGUUCUGAACAGAUUAGGUCGAGGGGGGAAACGUUUUAUUGCUCUCCACACUGUCCAGUCCCAGGAUAAAGCCUCAACCCGAUACCCAUCACUUCUCCCAAGACAAACGGAAGGGGAUGAUUCCCGAAGACUCCGCUCAGUGAAAGAAUGAAUCUUCAACUUCAAAGAUCCCAGAACGAUAAGAAUGAUUCCCCGUGGAACACCAUAUUGCAGCUCAGACAGCUGGAUGUAUUCUAAGGUUCAAAUUUCCUCUGCAGCUCUUCUCUUUCUUCUUGUCACUGUACACCAAGGAACAUGCGCUUCGCUCAAAGGUCAAAAAGCAGUUUUCCAGCUUAAUGCACCAGAUGAAUAUGGAACGCUGUCACCUGGAGCAAACAUUCCUUCACUUGGUAGUUUCACACUCUGCAUAGACAUCAGGCUAAGGCAGAAUAAUAAGAAUGGGAUGGUAGCAUUUACCUAUAAUACAGACAUGAAACGUGCACGUUCUGUACCCCAUCAUGAACUUGGCAUCAUGAUAAAAAACAGAAAACCCAUAAUCUGGUUGUUUCAUAAGCAGAUUGAUGUAGAGAAAGAUAUUUCCUUAGGUAAUUGGCACACUAUGUGCUUAACGUGGGAUGGAAAUACUCGUGAAGCACAUGUAUACUUGAAUAAAAUACAUGUGCUUUCAAGAACACUGAACAGUGCUUACAAUCUUGCCCAAAAUGGUAGCUUGGUUCUUGGUCGAAAGCACAGUCGAAGGGCUGACCGGUUGAGAUUGGAUCGUAAGAUAUUUGUUGGAGAUUUGUAUUUGUUCAGAUUGUGGGAUCAUGCAAAAGGACAUCAGUCGAUAUUGCAACUGGACUGUGAAGAUGGAAAUGUCAUCACCUGGGACAGCCGGCAAUGGGACUUUGUGGGAUCAAUAUUGAAAUAUGAUCCCUCACUGCCUUGCAGUAAAACGGUUCUCAAAUCUCGGUUCAAACGUUCAGGUUCAUCGACUGAUUGUGACAAGAGUGAGGAAUGUGGAAAGUCUGAAGGAGGAACACAGACAGGCACCACAUCUUCUAAAGUUACAUUACGACCAUCAAGCACAAAAGAAACCAGCACAACACCUACUGGGAUAUCAUCUCCACCAAACACGACAGCAGUCAGCACAACACCUCCUGAGAUAUCAAAUCCACCAAAUACAACAGAAGUCAACCCAACACCUACUGAGAUAUCAUCUCCACCAAAUGCAACAGAAAUCAGCACAACACCUUCUGAGAUAUCACCUCCACCGAAUACAACAGAAAUCAACACAUCACGUACUGGGACAUUACCUCGACCGAAUAGAACAGAAAGCAGCACAAUACUUACUGGGACAUCACCUCAGCCAAAUAGGACAGAGAACACCACAACAGUUACUGGGAUAUCACCUGAAAUGAAUAGAACAGGGAAUUCCUUUACCAAAGCAGCCAUUUCACCUAUGACAGAGAACACUACAACACUUACUGUGACAUCAUCUCCACCAAACACAACAGAGAACAGAAUGACAGUUAAUGGGACAUCAUCUCCACCAAACACUACAGGCAAUUCCUUCACCAAUGCAACCAUUUCACCUGAGACAGUUAACAGCUCAACAGUUGCUGGUUCAUCACCUCCAUGGGACAGAACAGAGAACAGAAUGACACUUAAUGGGACAUCAUCUCCACUAAACACUACAGGCAAUUCCUUCACCAAUGCAACCAUUUCACCUGUGACAGUUAAAAGCUCAACAGUUGCUGGCUCAAGACCUCCAUGGGACAGAACAGAGAACAGAAUGACGCUUAAUGGGACAUCAUCUCCACUAAACACUACAGGCGAUUCCUUCACCAAUGCAACCAUUUCACCUGUGACAGUUAACAGCUCGACAGUUACUGGCUCAUCACCUCCAUGGGACAGAACAGAGAAUACCACAACACUUACUGGGACAUCAUCUCCACCAAACACAACAGAGAAUACCACAACACUUACUGGGACAUCAUCUCCACCAAACACAACAGGGAAUUACUUUACCAAUGCAGCCAUUUCACCCAUGACAGAGAACAGCACGACACUUACUGGGACAUUAUCUCCACAAAACACAACAGGGAAUUCCUUUACCAAUGCAACCAUUUCACUUAUGACAGUUAACAGCUCGACAGUUACUAGCUUAUCACCUCCAUGGGACCGAACAGGGAAUUUCAUCAGCGAUAUGACCACCUCACCCGAGACAGUGAACAUGACUAUUACUGGGACAUCAUCUCCACAGAACACAACAGGGUAUUCAUUUACCAAUAUGACCAUCUCAUUUGGGACAGGAAAUCCUGUUAUCAAUAAGACUAGCUCUUCUGGGACAGGGGACUCCAUGUUUACCAAUGGGACAUCAUCUCCACAGAUCACAACAGUGAACAUUACGACAGACACUGAGACAUCACUUCCACAGAUAACAACAGUGAACAACAGUCCUGCAGAUGGAACAUCCACUACACAGAACACAACAGUGUACACUACACCAUCACCACAGAAUACAACAGCAAGCACCAUGACUACUAAUGAGACAUUAUCUACACAGAAGAUAACAGGGAAUUCCGUUACCAACAUCAGAAUCCAACCUAGGACAGUGUACAUCAUUACUAUGAAUAAUACAUCCAUUGCACAGAACACAACAGAUACUGAAAAUUUGCUGUUUAAAAAUGGGAUGACCACUACUACAAAUAGGACAUCACCUUCACAAAUCAUACCAGUGAACAGCACAAUUAUUAUGAUGACACCGCCUCUACAGAACACAACAGUGAACGGUACAGUGACAUCACCUCCACAGAACACAACAGUGAACGGUACAGUGACAUCACCUCCACAGAACACAACAGAAAAUCCACUCAUGAUUAGUCCUACAGAUGCAAGUGCUGUUGCUUUAAUUGUGAGCCAACUGGAGAAAAUAUUGCAACGGGAAAGCAUAAAUGAGGGGCUGGCAGUAACACUUAUUAACACGAUAAGCAACCUCAUCAAUGCUUCACUUGAUGCUGUUGCCUCAUCUUCCAGACAGAUAUUGAAUAUUGUGGACAGAAUCGGCGAGAAGCUGCAAUUUUCAACUGAGUCAAUAAACAUCACCUCCCCUUUCUUGGCUCUGGCUGUGAACAAAAUCAAUGCUACUGCCUUCGGCGGGGCAGACUUCAGCAUCAGCAACAUUACCAACCUGCAGGACUCUCUAGAUGAAGGAUCACCUCAGGCAGGUUUUGCAAUGAUUGAACUUCCAUCCUCCCUAUUCAAGAAUCUCUCUUUAGAGGAGCUGGAUAGCGUUUCAAGAAUUCAAUUCUCUUUCCAUGAGAAACCAACAUUGUUCCAGGAUUCCAACAUUACCAACACAUCUAUGUUGAAUAGUCACAUCAUUGCAUCCAGUGUUAAUGCAAAUAUCAGCAUCAGUGACUUGGCGGAUCCAGUCAAAAUCACAUUCAAGAAUCUUCAGCUCGCUCAGGAUAAUCUUACUGUGGAGUGUGUAUUCUGGGAUUUCCGGAAAAACAAUGGCAGUGGUGGAUGGAAUUCGCAAGGUUGUACGACAGCACAGAUCACAUCAAAUCAGACUGUAUGUGAAUGCAAUCAUCUGACCCAUUUCGGUGUCUUACUGGCGAUUUCCAGAGAACCUAUAACUGAUCGUGUCCAGCAGCGAAUUCUUAGUUUCAUCACCUACAUAGGAUGUGGCCUUUCUUCGAUUUGCUUGGCUAUGACCUUGGUGACAUACCUCAUUUUUGAAAAACUUCGCAGAGAUUACCCUUCAAAAAUCCUGAUAAACCUUUGCACAGCCCUGCUGUUCCUCAAUAUGGUCUUCCUCAUUGAUUCCUGGAUUGCUGUCUAUGAUAUCGAAGGUCUAUGUAUCGCUGUAGCUGCCUUGCUUCAUUAUUUCCUGUUGGCCUCCUUCACCUGGAUGAGUCUUGAGGCUCUCCACAUGUACCUGGCUCUGGUUAAAGUCUUCAACACUUAUGUGCGCAAAUACAUAUUGAAAUUCUGCAUUCUUGGUUGGGGCAUCCCCAUCGUGGUGGUAGCCAUUAUACUUGGUACUGGUGCUAAUGGACAACACAACUAUGGAUCUGGAGCAUAUGGAAGGGAUGCCAAUACUACCUUGGAUGAGUUCUGCUGGAUCAACAAUGACACAACAUUCUAUGUUGCUGCAGUUGGGUAUUUCUGUAUAAUGUUCCUUGUGAACCUUAGCAUGUUUAUUGUGGUGUUGACUCAACUCUGUCAAAUAAAAAGCAAGAAGCACCAUCGGAAUGCGCAGAAGAGUGUGUUCCGAGACAUGAGAAGUGUGGCUGGCCUCACCUUCUUACUUGGAAUCACAUGGGGAUUUGCCUUCUUCGCAUGGGGCCCAGUAAACCUUCCAUUUAUGUACCUCUUCGCCAUCUUCAACACUCUGCAAGGAACCUUUAUUUUCAUUUUCCAUUGUGCAAUCAAAGAAAAUGUCCAGAAAGAGUGGAGGAGGCAUUUGUGCUGUGGCAAGUUGACAUUGCCUGAAUAUUCAGAUUGGAGCAUAACAGCAACAAACAACACAAAGAAGCUGCAACCUCUAGUCCAAGGCAUGUCUCUAUCCUCAACUUCCAACAACUCCUUACAGUCCACCUCCCCGCUUUAUCCAGCCCGCGACUACUCCUGUCACCCCAAUGUAAAUGGUGCUAGGCUUUAAAGUUGCAACCUCACAUCCCUCAAGCAUGGACUUUCAGCUUGACUGCAUUAUGAACCGUCCUGAUUUAAAGGACAAAUGUUGAAUGAGACAAUAUUCAACCACCCUGUCUGAAAUGGAAACUAAGCAACCAUUCACUUGCAGAAGUUCUUAAAAAUACUUUAAAAUCUAUAGAUAGCUCAACUGUAUCUACCUAAUGUAACACAGAAUUGAAGUUAAUAGUAUUUGCAAAACUAACAAAUAUACUUUGAAGGCCUGAGAUCUGUUCUGCAAAGAAAAUUUUGAAGUGAAGAUUUGAUUAUAUUCUUAUGGUUAGAAGUGUUUCUACAUGAUGAUCCCGUGGAUAUGAAGAUCAUAUAAAUGUCAAUGCAAUACUAUUUAAAACACAGCCUAAUGCAGCUUGUAUCAGUUGUAAUGAAAAUUUAGGCUAAAGAUAAACCAGGUUUUCAGUAAUUUAUUGCAACUGAUUUUAUCAGAGUGAUUGUUUUUACUGAAAAAUGACCUCUAGUGAAGUUGCUAUUUUUCAUUCAAGCUUUUCUGAGGUUGAACACAAUUACAGAUGUAUUGCACAAGGUUUUAAACAUAUGUGAAGUUGAUCAUGUUAUGAUGUGAUAUUAAAUUUAUUUUAUUGCCUGAUAUUUAUUAUUUUAAACCUGAGUUGAAUGCCUGAAGAAUUGAGUAGUAUCUGUGUUUUCUAACAGUACAUUGGAAUAUAAUUAAUUAUGUAAAGCAAUAGUGCUGCUAUCAAGACAUCCAAAACUGAAUUGCUGUUUCUACAAGAUCCACAGCAUUCCUUGGCACAAAAUAUACCCUGUAAUGGCUUCCUUCAAUGCAAAAAUGAACAAACCCCCUGAAUAGAGACAAUACUUGAGAAACCAACCUUGUUAGCUUUGUGUUUGUUAAUGGAAAAUUACCCUCAUAACUUUCUAUGCACUGGAUUAUUUGAAAUUUAGGGUUGAUUAUCCAGAUACCCAAAUCCAAAAUGCUAAAUUAUGAGUGACAGAGGAUUAUUAUGUCCAUUCUGAAACUUGUAAUUAGCAAUUACAUAUUUUUUCACAUAAUUUGGAACCACGCAGCACAGAAUAUGUACUUACAUAUGUAUCCUAUAAAGUAUGGUACCUUUAAUAUCAUUCUAUUAAUUGGUGCCUAUAAAACUAUACUGGAAAACAAUACAUGAACUAUAUCGCUCUUUCAAGUGUGUUUUCUUCUACAAGUAUGGAGUGUUAUCUUGGUUUAUCAUCGACAUACAUGAAGAAAACAUGACAUAAUUCAGUCCCCAAUUGUUAAUAGAUAUAGCAAUGUUUGACAUGCCAUGUAUAUUGCAAUAGUAAAACACUGCUUUUAGAAAAAAUGCUAUUUGCUUCAUAAAUAUGCAAGAAUGUAAAAACACAGAAAAGUCCUUUAAUCCAUGCAACCUACAUUUGCACUAUAUCCUAGGCUUUCAUUAGCAAGAGCAGUUAAAUCUCCAAGUGUCACAGAUGGAUCCACAUUCACGUUAUUCACCACUUUCAUGGAUCCACAAUCACCUUAUUCACCACUUUCACCACUCCACAUAAAUAUCCACCAUAAUUUUGCAUGUAUCAUCCAUUUUCUGAUUACGCGACAAGUCUCCAUUAUUACAAAAUUACACACAAAAUGCCACAACGGUUGUGAUUACAAAGAUGAGAGACCAAGCCGCAAAACCAACACCCACAAUUAAUUCUUUUGUUCAGAUCUCAGUUUCCCAUCUGUUUUUCAUUCCAAUAAGAUUGCUUGUACUUAUUUUAGAAGCAGUGUGCUAUCAGCUAAGUUUAAAGGCUACUAUAGCUAUUUAGCCUCUUAUUCUAUGUGACGGCAUUACAUUUUUAUGUAUUAUGUUGUGUCAAGCUGUCCCUUCUCUGAACAAAGAAUCUGAAGGAAUAGAUCAAAGUAACAACAGUUCAGUUUCGGUCCUGUUGUUUGGCGCUAUGUGUGCUCGUGUAUGUUCAGAAGAAACAUUGCCUUUAUACUCUUACCUUUAUACAGCACCUUUCAUAAUCUCAGUAUCUUGCAAAACAUUUCACAAGCUUUGAAGUACUUUUGAAAUGUGGUCACUGCCAGACAAGCUGAGCAGCCAAUUUUUUUGCACUGCAAGUUCUAACAGACAACACAGUAUUGACAAUUUUGUGUUUCUUCCACAAUCAAUGGCAGAUUUUUUUUUAAAAUUAGGAUAAGGCUGACCAGAAACCACCUUGUUUGAAAACACAGAAAGUUUGCAUUGCACGUUGGGUAUUUUUAAACAGACCAGAACAUGUUAUUUUUCGUUUAAUUGUCCCAUUGUUAAAAUGGUCUCUUAGAAAUGCUGAUAAAAGUUGAUCGGAAGCCAAGUGACAUGAUGGGUCUAUCUGCCGUUACUAGAGUCCACAUAGUGUCACAAGUAUCCAGACAUGGAUUUACAAAUCUUAAGAAGUUGUGAACUACUGGUACAGUUAUGGUACAUUUUCAGUCGAUAAUCCCAUCUGAUUUUACUCUUUAAUAUAUUGGUACCCAUAUAUUGAAAUAGCACUUUCACUAUUCUUUCAAAAACUGAGUUAUUGUCCUUAUCACAGGCAGUAGGCACCUUUCAUUAAUUUUGUGCUUUGAUCUUAUGUAUGUAAGCCUUGGUUAUGUAGACAUGCAGUCUCUGUGAUUGCAGGAUUGGGAUUUGCAUUUUUCAUUUGCAUUUUCUAAAACUUUUAAAAUGAAAA